AUGACCCAGAAGAUCCUCAACGUGGGCAUCAUCACCACCCAGCCCCUAACCCUGUAUCUUCCCAUCCUGCAAUCUCUCUCCUGCUACCAAAUCGCCAUCGUCUACGAUGCGUCCAGCAAGAGCGCCGCCUGCCCCAAGGGCACGGCCAACGUCACGACCGCCAAAACCACAACGUCCAUCCCGCAGGCCUCCACCCCCGAUGCCGUCCUCGACCAUCCCUCCGUGGACCUCGUUCUGAACUUCAUGCCCCCUUCCCUGCGCGAGAAACACACCGUCGCGGCUCUGUCGUCGAACAAGCACGUCCUCGUCGAAAGCCCCGUCAGCCUCAGUCUCCCAAGCGCCCACCGCAUCCUAGAUGCUCAGCGGAAGUCCCGGGCCCGCGUCUUCGUUGCCUCUCCGAGACGAUACGCCCCUUGCAUCGAGACCUUCAAGACCGAGGUGAACAGCCUCGAGAGGAUCUACUAUGCGCGGUGCCGGAACAUCCAAGGCGGAUUGCCAGAGUCACACCCAGGCGCAGAGGCAGGAACAUACCCCGACAGCGAAACCAACCCAACCGCCAACGGCGGCAUCCCACACUUCCCCCUCGAAGCAACCAACACCUUCCACGCGCUCCUGCAGGAAGUCUUCCUCGGCCAGGACCUCACCACGGAACGCAUCCAGCUGUCGCGCCUCCUGACCGGGCCGCGCGGAUGCGCCGACAUGUCCAUCAUGCGCGAGACGCUGGGCACUCCCGACGCGGUCUCCAACAUCGCCGUCAUCGACCCCUUCUACUCCGCCAUCUUCCACUACAGCGGCGACGACCUCCUCCUUCCUUCCAUCAACAACGGCACCGGCACCACCAACACCACUAACACCCCCUCCCGCCCCAAUAAACACGCAUACAUGCUCACCUACGAAUGCGGCACGGACGCCGUCCCCCGCUGCGACGCACACCUCGCCGUCUACGGCACCGGCAAGACCGUGACGCUGGAGUACGACGGCAGCGUUGUGCGGACGGUCGUUGAGACGGCGACGACGACGGCGGCGGCGGGGACAGGUUCUGCGGCCGAGAAUGAAACCCAGGAGAGCGCGGGGCAGGUGCACCGGCGCGAAGAGUCCAGCUCGAUGGAGGAGGCGUACGCGGCGGAACUGGAGGCGCUGUACCGGUUCCUGGUGGAGGGCGAGGAGGCGAAGACGACGGCAGAAGACUCGAUGGAGGAUCUGAGGCUGUUUCGGGAGAUUUUCGAACAGUAUGAUCGGCAGUGUGGGACGAUACGGACGCCGUUGGGGUAG